GUUUUGCUUAUCGUCUCGAUUUAGAGUCACCAGCUUUUUGUAAGUCAACGUACAGCUAGAUCUACGGUUGUAGACGACACUUCCAGCUUACUUUCGACAUCUCGGGCGGAGAGCUUGAAACAGGUGGCAACACUUUUAUUUCUCCCCGAUCCAGUCUUCCUGGUUAGCGACAAACGUUUUCCUAAUAGUUUCAUCAUUAUUUGUCUUUGGUUUCAUUGUUAGUGACAGUUGAUUUAGCCACUUUCAACAAAUUCGCUAACUUAGCGUGCGAGAUUUGAUUUUCGCGAUGUGAGAGCAAAAUUUUGCUCGGUUGCUUCGAUGCCAUUGUCACAGCUUAAAAUCAAAUUAAAAAUCAAGCAGUAGGUAUGAUGCCACACCAUACAUCCCCCUGCCACAUCCAAGUUUUGUUUAAAGUCCAAAAAGAUAUUGGUAAUUGAUUAAUUGAUUGUAAUGGAUUACAAUUAAAUAUCCACGGGGAAAUGAGAGCGACGUGAUUUGUUGCUGAUUCAUCUUUCUUUGGAUUCGCUAUCAAUUUAGAACUUCUAUUAAAAUGAGUCAUCACCUCAACACCGUUAGCCGUGACAUAACCCGUUUUGUGUGGAUGUUCAGAUUGGUGUCCUAAGAAAAAUCAACCGCAUACUGGUCUAACUGGCAGUUUCCAGGACCAUAAUGACAUAAUGGUUUACUGAUAGCAAUAUUUACUUAGUUUACUUAAAGCCUAUAGUGAUAAUGGAUUUUCAUUUCUCCGUAUCACACUCUUUCAGCAGAAAGCACCAACGUUUUAUAUACGAUCUAGCAACUUUCAAGCUUAUGAAAGCAUCGAGUGCAAAUUAUAAUUAUUAGCCACAGCGACAGACGCGUCGAGCACGCGUUCUCUCGUCUAUGUUUCACACCCACACACGUCUGAUCUUAAAAAAGGGUAUAGCAAUUGUUACGACAAAGCCCCCUCGUCCAUACAAAUCUUCUUUACCGGUACCUGGAGACCUGUCCGAUCGAACGUCAACUCAUUGACAGCGACAGAUGAAUAAGUCUAGUUAGGAAGCGGACUAUAUUCUCUCUAUACAAAAUUAAAGAUCUACAAAUUUAUUAUAUACAAUCGGUAAAUUACUUACUUAUCUUAAUGCUACAAGAAAUAUUUAACUUAAAUUUAAACUAUAGACUACAAGCGAAAUUUAAGCAGUAAAGGCAUUAUUUAUAAUUAUUUGGUGAAAAACUAAGGUGUGAAAGGUGGUCUACGCUUUCUGUGGGUAUAAUUUGAAUACGCAGUAGAUUCAACCGUAAAGAGGUAAUAUUAAAUUAAUUAACUGAUAUUCGGAAUAUUCAAUGAAAACCUAACCUAAAUUAUAGUUGCUACAAACGUGGAGCAAGAACCGAACCGAUAUCAAAAGAGGUUAAAAAGGCACUAAACGUAAGAAAUGUGACCAUUACUUUAAAUAUUCAAAUAACCUUAAACUAUGUUCCAGAAAUUUUAUAAUCCUAUUAAUAAUAAAGAUUGUCGAACUGGAAAAGCCGCGGUUCCUUGCAACAAAUUAUAAAAUUUGUUUAAUCACCCAAGAUCAAGAAAGCACUGCCUAGAAUGGCACCAAAGAAAGUCAGCAAGUUUCAGGACAAGAUUGACCCACCACCGGAUGCGAGUUGUAGAAAAUGCAAUUCUCCAGAUAAUAGCAGGAUGGUGCAGUGCGACGACUGCAACGAAUGGUAUCACUACAGUUGCGUAAUGGUAGAUGAAGGGAUCGCUGAUUACGACUGGAGCUGUGACGAAUGCGUGACUAAAAAAGCCCAGCCAACAGGAACCUCAACCCCAGUCUCCUCCAAUGAACAGGAACUGGCUGUUACUAUCGUAGAUGAAUCGUCCGUGGUCGACCCUAAACCAAACAUAGCUAAAGUUGGAAAUAAUGCUAUAAUUCCUAGUACCGGAGACACAGAGCUGACGUCAUCGCUUGCGGAAAAAGAAGAAAAUCUCAACCUCCGCAAAGAAAUCAAAGAGUUACGUCUCAUGUUCGAGAUGCAGCGUACCGAGUUUGUGCGACAUAUCGGUCUCCUAGAAGAGCAAAAAAACGCUUCGAUUAACGAACAACUCUAUAAGUGCAAGGAACAAUGGAGCAAACGUGAACAUCAGCUCGAAAAAGAGAUCGCACUAUUGAAAAGGCAGAGCCUGCCUGCAUCUGUUCCAAAAGCGAACGGAGGGACAAAAUCUGAUUCGCCAUCAAAACGUACGGCCAAAGACCGGGAGCGGCGCCUCAUUGCUUUGAAGGAACGACAAGCGUUAGAAAAAAAGCAUCUCGAAGAGCAACUCGAGCUGAUGGAAGAACCCAGCAGCGAAAGCGAUCUCGCAGGCGAAGAAGAAGAGGAUAAUAACAGUAAGCAAAAAGUUCAUGAGUGGCUGAAGACCCAAUCUCCUCCCGGUUCAUCCGUAGUUCACUCGAGUAACGUCUGCACUGAUAUACUAUCGGCGACUUUUACAAAAAAAACGAACAGCUAUCGCCAAACGGCAUGCCACCUUCCAACCCUUUCGAAGAACCAGCUAGCGGCACGUCAAGCUGUAGCCAAAGAUUUACCAAUCUUCUCUGGAGACCCCGAGGAUUGGCCCUUGUUCUUCGCAACGUUCGAAAGUAGCACCGCAAUGUGCGGAUACAGCCAUGAAGAAAACAUGUUUCGUCUGAGACGCUGUUUAAAAGACAAAGCCUUCGAUGCGACGCGAAGCCUGCUGCUGCACCCAGCCAACGUUAAUACGGUAAUAAGCACACUUAAAACCUUGUUUGGAAGACCGAACCACAUAGUCGGAAGCAUGAUUCAGAAAAUUCGAGAAAUCCCACCACCCGAGAAGUUAAAUACAAUGAUUAACUUCGGAGUUUCAGUACAAAAUCUAUGCGCAACUAUUCAAGCAUGUGAGCUCGACGAAUACAACUAUAACGUAACGCUGCUUCAAGAGCUAGAAGAAAAACUUCCACCAACAAUUAAGCUCAGUUGGGCGCUAACACGAAAACCCCUUCAAAAGGUUAAUCUUACAACUUUCAACGAAUGGCUGAAAACAAUUGUAGAAGCAGCUUGCGAAGUUACAACUCCGGACAUGACACUCGGAUGCAUUGGGAAGACAGAGAAGAAGAAAACCCAUGGAUUCUUAAACGUCCAUUCUGAGUGCUCGUCACAAAAUGCGUGUGAAUCGGCGAUUAAAGAUUGCGUGGUUUGUAAUGGGGAUUGUGAGACAGUUGACAACUGUAAACGAUUUCUGGCGAUGAGUGUUGAUUCACGAUGGAAAGUCCUGAGAGCCUGCAAACUUUGUCGUAGGUGUCUAAAAAAACACUUCACAUCAUGCGAUGUCAAAGAUCCAUGCGGACAUAACGGUUGUUCAUUUCUACACCACAAACUAUUACAUAAUGAACAAGCACAAGGCCGCAGUGUCCCCACUAUCAUCCUCUUCCACAGACGUAAAUCAUUGCUGCAAUAUUCAUCGUAG